AUGAAUAGUACACAAAGCGAAGACAAUUCCCACAAUGUCUCGGGCCCCGUUGAAAUGAGCAAUUUGACAAUGCAAGGUACAACGACUGAAGUCCGACAAAGCCACGUUUCAGUCGUUGAAAGCGCACCAAAUGAUAAUUUUCAGAUAAAAUCAUUUGAAAAAUCUCAGAGACACCGGAAUUUUAAAGAACGUAGCACUAAACUAGUUGCAGAGGCGACGGAGAGCAUCAAGAGGGAUCACACUCUUGAUCAACGCACCGUAUAUCUUCUCGACUGGCGAAUGCAAAAAAUCAAGGAUAAUUUAAUUUCUCAUCAUUCACAGUUCGAGUGCCCGAUAGAACGCAAUUUAAUUGACGGUUUGAAGCAUUUGAGAGAUGGAGAUCUCGAAUUUGUGAUUAAACCUCAGAAGUGGAGUGAUGAACUAAUGAGGUUUUGUUCAAGAGAAGUCAAAACUUUCUAUUCUGCCAAGGAAUUCUGCGAAAUAAAAGAUCAUGAAGGUAUUUCAAAGGGAAUUGGCCAGUUGUUGGUAGAUGUCCACAAAUUCAAGGAAGUCUGGUGUGCAAACGUCAACACUUAUUAUCAGGAAAUCUAUGUUGGGGCUUCCAUCUUAUUCCAAAUCAGAAUUCUCUAUGGAAAUCCUGAGCUCAAGAAAUAUAGGCGCAAAAUUUUUGUCUUCAUCGUGCUAUUUGGUCUAUUACUUAUUGUUGGCCUUUGCCUUCGAUUGAACAGAAAGCUUGUCCGAGAGCUGAACAUAGUUGCUGGACUUUUUGGAACAAUUCUUGGCAUUCUUCUCCUCCUUUGGGCGCUUUCUUUCUCGACAGGCCACUUCUUGUAUUGGGCCACACAUUUGAGAGGCAUCCAAAGAGAGGAGUACAAAGCCGACAUACGGCGAAUUGCAAACUGCUUGAAAUUCUGGCCAACAGAGGAACUCGGUACAAAGCCAAGAUGGUUUUCGUUCUAUUAG